AUGGUUAUGCAGAUAAUUGGCAUCCUAUGGUAUAUUGUUGGAAAUCUGAAGCUAAAGCAAAUUUUUCAGCCUCCCAUUAUUGCCUCAGCUUUGGCUAUCAUCAUUGGCGCUAUACCAUUUUUGAAGAACUUCAUCUUGACUGAUGAUGCCCCGCUAUUCUUCUUCACUGACAGCUGCCUUAUUCUUGGGGAAGCGAUGAUCCCAUGUAUUUUGCUUGCUCUGGGUGGAAAUCUUGUGGAUGGCUCUGGCCCAGGCAGUAAAAGACUUGGUUUACGAACAACUGCUGCUAUCAUAUUUGGAAGAUUGGUUUUGGUUCCUCCUACAGGACUUGGAAUAAUCACCAUUGCUGACAAGCUUGGACUUUUUCCCAGGGGCGACAAAAUGUUCAAAUUUGUCCUGCUGCUGCAGCACACUAUGCCAGAAAGAUAUGGAAAAGAUAAUGACCAUACCCAGAAAGGAGAAGAAAAGAGAAGCUAGGAGGGAGGAGAAAGCACAGGGUGUUUAGAAAGCAUAUAUAAACUCUGCAUAAUACCUCAGGGAAAAGGCUGCAGUUCUUGAUAUGGUGUUUAGAAGAUGCACAGGGUAUUUAGAAGAUGCACAGGUAGAGAAGAUUUGAUCCAACAAAACAAGAUAUUUU